AUGACUUUUGCUGUCAGCAUGGCUUGCUGUGGAAUUGAGAUAAGGAGAUUUCAGCGAGGCCAGCUGGCGGACAGGCUCCGGGCUCCGAGGGAGCUCCGGGACAUUCACACCUCGCGGUGCGGUAAAUACACUCCGUGCUGGGCGCCCCCGGCAAGCGCGAGCUCGCCCAAGCCACGGCUUCCCAAGCCACUUAAAGCCAUCGCCUCGCUUCUCCCGGCCACCGCUGCCUUAAACCCUCCGUAUCUCCUUAAGCUCCAGCCCUCCGAGGGCACCGCUACUCACCGGCUCAGGGGGGCUGAGCCCGGCGGCCGCCGCUAUGACACGGCUUUCUACCUGUGCUGCCUGCCGGAGCGGCCGCCCCACGUGUCGCAGGACGACCAGGAGGUGACAGCCGUGCUGUGGUCAUCACCUCCAGAAGCCAUCGAACGCUUUAAGUCUCAAGAGAUCUGGUUUCCUCCACCUCAGUUUUAUGAAUUCUGCAGGCUGUGCAACUUCUCUUCCCUGGGGGAGCUGCAGAAGUUCAGCUCCGAACGCGCUCUCGAGGGCUGUGAGCGCUGGAUGCCGGUGAUGCUGAGUGCUGCAGAUGGAUUCGUCCAGCUGCUGCCAGGAGAUGAGUUAUAUCCAGAAGAUCCAGAUUAUACUGGAGAAAAGAAAAUGAUGAUGUCAACAGAUAAAAAGCUUGAAGAUCUCAUGAAAGAGGGAGGGAUAUUUCACAGGAUAGUAAUAAAAAACAUCAACAAUCUUGCUGUUUAUGUUAAUAUUGAAGCAAAAUAUAAGCAUAUAAAUCCACUGAUGAUGAAGUGUGAUAAUUCAGAUUACAAUAGCAGAUUAUAAUACGUCUUUGGUUUAAAUCUAGAUUUUUAAUUGCAUAUAUGCUCACCAUGGUUUUGGUGCUUUUUAACUGUUGCCAAAUAGUCAUGAAAAUAUUCCUCUGUCUUGCCAAAGCAUUAUGUCUGUAUGUGUGUGUGAUGUCAUAUCUAUGUGGAUUUAAUUUCUUGAGUCUUUAAAAACAGAACAGUUGUGCCAAUGUUGGGUCACAAAGGUCCUCUUCUCAC